AUGGAUCUCGCCAUUGUAAUCGUUCACGGAUCAUGGCAUGUUCCACAACACUACUCGCUCUUGAUCGAAGCUCUCAAUAAGAAAGGUUUCGAGAAUGUCCAUUAUCCAAGACUGCCUUCCGCUGUAAAUGCCUUGCCCCUCCCACCGACCGCCACCCUCGCCCACGACUCCCUCACGAUCCACCAGAAAGUCGAAUCCCUCGCCGAUGCAGGCCACCCAAUCCUAAUCAUCAUGCACUCCUACGGCGGCGUAGUCGGAGGCAAUGCCCUCUCCGAUCUCCUUUGGCCUCAACGACAAGCUGCGAAUAAACUCGGCGGUGUCGUGCACCUCGUCUACGCUGCGGCGUUCGUCAUUCCCGGCGGCACGAGUCUCCUCACGCCUUUCAAUGGCGCGAUGGUGCCUUGGCUCGAAGAAGACACGACCAACGGAACGAUCGAGAUGCUCGAUCCUAGAAGGUCGCAUUACAGCGAUAUCAAAGACGAAGCCGAGGCGCAGAAGUGGCUGGAUAUGUGCGUGCUGUGUCCCGUGAGCGCCGUGAGGGACGAGACGACCAGUGAUCCCUAUGAGUUCGUGGGGAAAGGCGUGGAUGCGACGUAUUUGGUGUGUAAGGGGGAUUGCCGAUUGACGACGGAAGCGCAGGAGGGUAUGGCGAUGCUGCUCGGCGACCAGAGGGUGAUGAUCCUGGUAUCAUGGCGGAGGUUGUGA